CCGAUUAUUAUUUCCAGAAAAUAUUGCAGUGAAGCAGUCCAUAAAACUACAACAUGAAAAAAAAAUCAAGGUCACUGUGGGCAGGUGUGCUAUCUCUUCGGUUUUUGAAGAAGAGAUGAGGGAACAAAACAUCAAGUGGAAAGAAAGAACCAAGUGAGCUUUGUUGCUGGGGGAAGAAAAGCCAAACUCUAGUCCCAUUGCUGUACUUGACGACUUUGGGGUCAAGGGUAGGGUGAUCAGCCUUCCUCUCCUCAUAGCCAGAUGGGUGUCUUCUCUCUGCACCUGUCUAUUGUCCCUUUCACAAAGUGGCAAGUUAGGGAAAAGUUCUCAUGGAGAACUGCUAUUGAAGAGAGGUCCAUUUGGUGGAAUGUAAUUUAAAAAAGAAUGAAUCAAGAUAAAAUUUCUAAAUGCAUGAACCAGAAAAAUCACAGCACAUCUUGGUGAACUUGGAAUUGGGUUGUCGUUCCUGGUGUGUUUGCCAGGCAGUCAUAGGACUGUACAAUGGGCCUCCGCAUUCACUUUGUUGUUGACCCACAUGGCUGGUGCUGCAUGGGUAUGAUUGUCUUUGUCUGGUUAUACAAUAUUAUUUUAAUCCCCAAGAUUGUCCUCUUUCCGCACUAUGAAGAAGGGCAUAUUCCAGGCAUACUAAUAAUAAUAUUCUACGGCAUUGCCAUAUUUUGUCUGGUUGCCUUAGUGAGGGCCUCAAUAACUGAUCCAGGAAGACUCCCCGAGAACCCUAAAAUCCCACAUGGAGAAAGGGAGUUCUGGGAAUUAUGUAACAAGUGUAAUUUGAUGAGACCAAAGCGUUCCCAUCACUGUAGCCGCUGUGGCCACUGUGUAAGGAGAAUGGAUCAUCACUGUCCAUGGAUUAACAAUUGUGUUGGUGAAGAUAAUCAUUGGCUUUUUCUGCAGUUGUGUUUCUACACUGAACUUCUUACUUGCUACGCACUGAUGUUUUCUUUCUGCCACUAUUAUUAUUUUCUUCCACUAAAAAAGCAUAAUUUGGACUACUUUGUUUUUCGACAUGAAUUGGCCAUCAUGAGGCUUGCUGCCUUUAUGGGGAUUACUAUGUUUGUUGGAAUAACUGGACUCUUUUAUACGCAACUAAUUGGCAUCAUCACUGAUACAACAUCUAUUGAAAAGAUGUCAAACUGUUGUGAAGAAAUAUCGAGGCCCCGCAAGCCAUGGCAGCAGACCUUCUCAGAAGUUUUUGGCACUCGUUGGAAGAUCCUGUGGUUCAUUCCUUUCAGGCAGAGGCAACCACUGCGAGUUCCCUACCACUUUGCCAAUCACGUCUAAACAGAUGGAUGGUGGGCACAGAUGGGUCCUCCACGCUGGAAAUGUGUUACAGGUUUUAUGAUAAUAGAACUAUGACAGUCUUCAAGUCAGUUAAAAUCCACCCACCAAUCUUAGGCAUCACAAUGUGCCCCAGGCAUUAUUUUAAUAGUGAUCUUGAUCCUGUUGUGGGACUAAUCCAAGAUCUAUAUUUAAGUUUUAAAGCAUGUUUACUUUCAAAUUAGCUUUCCACAGGGAUUUCUUUAAAUGCUUUUGUUAUUAAACUCAAAAGGCAGUGAUUGGGAGAAAUAAUUGUACAUAAAUUUCUUUUAGUACUGACAAUGUUAUAGAUUUUAAUUUUUGGGAAAUUUCAGAUGUUUAUUUAAAUUUUCACUUUUAAGCAGUACUUACCAAAUCUAAAUUUAAUUCUUCAGGUUUUACAAAACUUGUAUGCCUUCUUAUAUGUAAAUUUUUUUCAAAUACAAGUUAAAAUACUUAAUACUUGUUUUAUAUGUGCCGCAAGAUUUUUUAAAUGCAGCUUAAGGAUAAAUGAUAAAAAAGGGCAGUGUUUUCUUAGGAGCAGCUUUCUAAUGUUUCCUCCUCUCUUUACCAAAAUCAAAAUAAAAACACACUAAAGGAAAAUACCAACUACCUAUCUUAUUAUAAAGAAAAGAUUAAUUUUAUCACAUUAAAUUUUCCCGUUACUGUUGUAAUUAUUGAUUGCUACCAGUGGUCGUAUAUUCCUAUUUUACCCUAAGAUUUUAAUGAACAAAAAUAGUAGAAAAUCUACAGUAAUUUCAAUUACUUUUUCUAGUGUGGUAUGUUAGAAUGCAUACUUUUAAAAAAUUCUGUAUAACUAGAUAAUAUAUAAUGUACAGUAUAAAGAGGAAUAUUGUGCUUUUAAAAAAUAUAUACUUUUUACCUGUCAUUAUAUACUAGUAGAAGUAAAAUUACACACUGAAGAUUUAUAUAGAUAGGUAGGUAGAUAGAUAUUGGGAAACUCAUACUGAAAUUUUACUUACUAGUAACUAGCAAGUAACUGUAAUUAGGAAGUUACUAGUAAGGAUCACUAACUUUUAUGUACCAAUAAUCACCUAAAAUGAAGUUAAAUUUCACUUGGUCAAAUAGAAGUUGUGUUGCUCUAGAGACCUUUUAUUAGUAGCUAAUGUUAGGGAAUUUUCUUACAAUAAUGAAAUAAUAAUAAUCUGUAUUUAUCAUUAGCCUUACACAGACUUAAACUGCUAAUAGUAAUGGUCUCUUGAAAGCAAAGAACAUGUGUGUGGAAAGAUAGUAUGUUUUGAAAAAAUUUAGUUUUUCCAUUAGAAUACUGCAAAAUCCAUGUGUUUUUAAAAAACAUUAUAUACUUACAGUUUUCCUUUAAGAGAAGAUUAAAAGAGUCUGCUCUUCUUGGACCUUAUUAAUACGGUAUCUUACUUGGGAUACAGUGAAACAGAAGAUUGCCAUUGCUGGCCAUUUGGCUGUGCUAUGGCUACUUCUUUCAGAAACUGUAAAUACCUUCUAAAAUAUUCUGAAAUAAUAGAUUAAAUUCUUUCAGAGAUACUAAUGUCAUGUUUUUAAUGUUUUAAUUAUGUUUCAUUACUUUAAAAUGUAGGCGUGCCCAAUGAAAGUAUUUGUUGGUGCUGAUAAAAUGUAUAUAGUGAAUUUAAUAUAAGAAAUGUAAAGGUUAAUGAGACAUAAAAUUAGUAUUAGACACAUUGGUUGGAUUUUAUGAAUGCUAAUUAACCAAAUUUUAUGGCAGUGGAACUAGUACAAAGAAGUAAAUUGUAAAUAAUGUAGGUAGGUGUCAGCUGAAUGCCUUAUGUUGUAUACAUUCCCUUCACACGAGGACCUUGAGAAAACAGCUGAGCCAAGUGAAGGCCUUAAAGAGCUUUAUGGGUGUAUUCGUGUGGCUGUAGCUUUAGUGAAGUAAUGGGGAAGGUCUCUUUCCUGUUCUGAGGGUUUGUGUUUUGGGUGGUCUUAGAUUUACCACUUCUGGGACACAUUCUUUUCCCUUCUUCUUUCUUUUAAAAUUAGUUUUAUUGGUACAUUUAAUGUAUACAAUA